CUCAGACACAAUGAGCCGUCAGGCGGAGAGGGGCGCGCGCGCUGGGCCCGGGCCGUUAGCAUGAUUUUACAGCUUUAUUCUUCUUAUUGUUCCUUGAUUUGGUUUUAUUAGCGUGUUUUCAAACUUCUGACGCAUCGGAGGACCCAAACGACAUCCGCCGUAAAGCAGGUUGGCCCCCGACUUUGAGGAGGAGGAGGUCAGGAUCGGAUCAACGUCACAGUUCGUCCGAGAUAGACUUUUCCAAAGAAAGAUCCAAAGCGGAGGAGGAACCAUGUCGCUACCCGCUUCGUCUGAUUACUUCGCCGCCGAGUGUCUGGUGUCGAUCUCCAGCGGUCCGGUGCUGCACAGACCCACCCCGGUGGCCCCGGCCAGCCUGCCCGCCCCGGUGGGCCUUCACCCCGGGGAGCCCGACGGCUCCAGCGAGGACCGGGAAGUUCGAGAGACUUUAAGGCUGGAGGGCUCCAACAUCAUCACGGUGGCGGGGAUCCUCACCGACCUGCACAGCAAGUUCCGCCCGAUGUCGGCCUACUCGGAGAGCAGCAACUCCUCGUGCGGUGGGGAGAGCGGCUACACCACGUUGUCCGACCCCACCACCCCGACCAUGACUCCCUCAGCGACGCCCAUCCCCGGACAGCAGCAGCGGGGAGCCGGGCCUCCGCGCUCCCCCGUCAAGCGGCACCAUUGCACCUUUGACGGAUGCGACAGGGUUUACGGGAAAUCAUCGCACCUGAAGGCGCACAUCCGGACGCACACAGGCGAGCGGCCAUUCCCCUGCACCUGGCCCAAAUGCGAGAAGAAGUUCGCCCGCUCCGACGAGCUGGCCCGCCACACCCGCACCCACACCGGGGAGAAGCGCUUCCUGUGCCCGCUGUGCGACAAGCGCUUCAUGCGCAGCGACCACCUGAUCAAGCACGCCCGCCGCCACCCAAACUUCCAGCCCUCCAUGCUGGCCCGCUGCAAGGCCCCGCCCGCCGCCCACACCUAAGGAGGCGUCGGAGCGAAACUGGUUUCCUGUUAAUCCCACAGGUGCAGAGCUGGAUGUCAGAGGCUCUCUGUCUCACACAGAUGUUCUUCUGCUUCCUCUGAACGCAGCCUCCAGCAAUCUCCUAGAAGAAAUCUCCCCGUUUCAGUUUCUCCUUUCCUAAAAUCAACCCUACUGCUGCACAUGCCUGUAAAGUUUACAAACUCAGAUCGGACGGAGCCUUCAGGGUGGAUGAGGCCGUUAUUCACCACAGAGACGGAUGGUUAAACUGCCCCCCCACCCCCACCCUGGCGCUUAAACAGCUGAAAAGAGUCGAUGAAAUCCACACAUACCAAAAAAAACAUUCCCGAUCCCGCAGCAGGAUGUGAUGCGAUGACAUCCAUGAUUUCCAGGCUUUGGUUUGUUUUUAACCAAAUGACUCUGAAUACCUCACGGUUCAAACGGAUCCACGGCGCCGCAAAUCGCUUUGUGUCCCGAUUCUUCUUUCUCUUUGACUGCGACAAGAACAGUGGAGUAAAACUUAAGCCAUAAAAGACUCCGAACAAACUCAACCUCUCAGAUUUCAAGUGGCAGGGAUUUUCUUCACCUUUUUGAUUUAUGUAAGAAAAAAACAAAAGCUGUUAAUUCCUCCUCAUUCAUCCUUAGCAUCAUUUCUUGAACAAUAGGCGACGUAGCUAGGUUUAAUCUUUGCUUUAGCCGUGUUUUUGUUUUUAGAUGUGAACCAUUCAUGUUUCUCCAUCAUCAUAACCCGUCGUUUUCAUAUCAGAUCUGAUUUUUAACGGAAAGCUGAACAAACCUCCCAGUAGAUGAGCAGUUUGCACACCACUCUGAAGGCUCGAUGAAUUACCUGCACAUAAUACGCUGCAGUAUUAUGUCUAAUAUUGAUGCAAAUGUAUAUAAGUUUUAAGCUUUUACUGUAGAGUAAGUGGUAAUGCUACUAGCAGCAGAAAUGAUACACGUAAUGCAUUGUAGUCCUUAUAUUAGGGGUAACGUUAUGCUCGAUAGGAUGGCUUUGCCAGUGAGAGGUGGUGUGUGUGUGUGUGUGUUUUCUUUUUAAAGGAUAGUGAUUGAAAUUGUAAGGCUGUUGUGCAACAGUGUGUAAAGUUUGGACUUUUCUGGCAGAGGGUGGAAGUGCUUUUAGCUCGGCUGCCUUCAGGGGAAAACCUCGCCAUUGUCUGAGUUGUGGGAGCAGAACGUGUCCAACCGCCUGGGAUCAGGAAGAAAGAUCUGGUGCAACACUUUUUGUUGCUUUGGGGAAUUCAGAGUUGCUUUUUGGGGCGUUUUGGAUCAUCAGAGCUGAAGAGGAUGUUAAAUAAAAGGACAGCGGCCUUUAUUAGCCUGAUAAAUCUGACUGGUUUGGACAGAUGCUGCUCACUUUCAGCUGUUUUCAUCCUUCUUGGGAUAAAACGGGGUCUGUAACUAUGACCCACUGUCAGGUUUCUGUGGCGUUAUUUUGACGUAAUGUCAAAAUGCUAGUGUUUACUCAAAUUCCCUGCAAGCAGAAAAAGUAAUAUGUUGCAUAAAUCCUUCCAAACCUUUCAAAAUAUUAAAAAAAUUCAUUUGUAAUAGGAUUUUUUUUCCCACAAAAAAAAGUUAAAUUUUAAUAAGGUACCAAAGGUUUUGAAAUAAUUGUAAAAACAUUUGUUUCAAUGUUACCUAUGAUGUUUAAAAAGCACAUUUUCACUCUGAGGUCUCAUCAGGGGGCGACGUUGAGCUGGUAAAAAAAGCGGAAAAAGAAAAGUUAGAUGUUUUUGUUUCCUUAUUGUCCCGGAAAAAAUGGUAAAGUGAACGAUUAGUGAGUCAGUUUAUUCUCUGGAGUCGUCUGUGUGGGUGGAGCUUAUUUAGCUCCUAUUUCAGGACUUUCCAGCUUCUGGUAAGGAAAGGGAAGGAUAUUAUCUGUCAACCAGCAACAGGUUGGGGAGGUGCUGCCCUGUUAUGUAGUCUAUAGAGGUUAAAUACGCUCUCUAGAAACGUGCUUCUAUCUAAAACGUCUUUAUUAUGCUAAAAUCUCAGUGGAGUGAAACUCCAAAUCGAUGAACCUCAGUCGUCCAUCAUUUUUAAGCCCAGGCGUGAUUUUCCUCGCUCACCAUCGCUCACAUUACUUUCAUGUUAGCAAACACAGAUGUUGGAAAGCCUUAACCAUCGUCAUAGCAACCCAUCCAUCGCUGCAUCAUCGUCAUAACGGCGGAUAUUCCUCCUGAAAACGCAAAAUGAGGCACUUUUUCUUUUUUUUUCCUGAAAGGUGCACAUGGCGGCGCUGUUACUGAGUCUCUACAUGCAAACACUGUGGAAACGUUAAUAAUCUUCAUAACGGAUCAUUUGUGUAAAAGUUUGUUUUAAAAGUGAACGGGAAGGUCGCGGCUUUUAGGCGUCCUUUGGGUUCUUCCUUUAGUUUGCUUCAGACGUCCACGCCAUCUUCUGUGGACGCCAUCUCCUGUGGACGCCAUCUUCUGCUGUUCCUUCCAUCCUCUGACUAUUCAAGAUGUCUUCCUCUCACGAGGACUUAUUUUCACAAACGGCAGCCGUUCACCAUCGGUUCAGUGGGAGUCCAUUGAAGUAAAACAUUUUUAUACUCGUCUUUUUUUUUUUUGCUGACAUGGGGGUUCGCUGCUGGCAGUAACCCUGGAACACAUGGACUCUGUAACUAAGGAACAAACACAACCUACUUCUGCUUUCUGGGUGGAAACCCGUCCUCCUACCUUCAGGGGGGGAGGGGGGACCAGCCGACUCUCACAGCUAUAAAAUCACAAGAACAUA